CAAUGAACGUGUAAGGAACCUAGUUAAAGGAGCUCUUAGGGCUCUAGAUCUUGGCCGAUCCAGUAUAACAAAACUUUAUAAAUCUAUGCCGCCUACUUACCCCCUUCAACCUUUCCCCCCCCAGUACUCUUUUUCUAGGGACUUUUCCCCCGUGACUCGCUAUGGCUGCCAUCCAUGAGCAACAAUCCAGUCACGAGUCGUACCCCGAGAAGGGGCAGACUACCGUCACCGUACUUGACGAGCGCCGUCGUGCCGCUCUCGCAGAAAUCGACAACGCUCCCUUCUCUUGGUUCCAUGUCAAAGUCUGCCUAGUCGCCAGUGUAGGUUUCUUUACCGAUGCCUACGACAUUUUUGCCAUCAACAUCGCCGCCAUAAUGUUAGGCUAUGUCUAUGGUAACACAAGUAACCAGCUCAGCACAAACCAAUCUUUGGGUGUCAAGGUAGCCACUCCUGUUGGUAACUUGGUUGGCCAAGUCCUUUUUGGUUGGCUCGCAGACAUCCUAGGCCGUAAGAGGAUGUAUGGCGUCGAGCUAAUGAUCAUGAUUGUCGCCACUUUCGGUCAAGCUCUCUCAGGCGAGGCCCCAGCAAUUAACAUUUUGGCCGUUAUCAUUGUCUGGCGUUUCAUUAUGGGCGUUGGUAUCGGUGGCGAUUACCCACUGAGUGCCAUUAUUUCAUCAGAGUUCGCCGCUACACGUUCACGCGGUCGUCUUAUGACUGCUGUCUUUGCUGCACAAGGAUGGGGUCAAUUUGCUGCUGCUCUCGUCGGUAUCAUCGUCGUCCAAGCAUACAAGGAUGCUAUCCUCGAGGCUCCCUUCCCUUGCCGUGUCCCUGUCGAUUACGCAUGGCGUAUCUUGAUUGGUCUUGGAUGCGUCCCUGGCGUUAUUGCACUCUACUUCCGUCUCACUAUCCCAGAGACUCCACGUUUCACCAUGGAUAUCGAGCGCAAUGUCGCCCAGGCCACUGCAGAUAUCGACGGCGUCUUGGCACCCGGGAAGUAUGUCGUCGACGAAGAUGUCCCGGUCCAGCGCGUCAAAGCCCCGAAGGCAACUCGCGCAGACUUCCGAGCAUACUUCGGCCAGUGGAAGAACUUGAAAGUCCUGAUCGGCACUUCCUACUCCUGGUUUGCUCUAGAUAUCGCUUUCUACGGCCUUGGUCUCAACAGCUCCAUCAUUUUGACCGCAAUCAACUUUGGCAGCCCCACUGGCAACAAAACCUCGUCACUCUAUGUGUACGAGAACUUGCACAACAUUUGCGUUGGCAACCUUAUCCUAUCCGUUGCGGGCUUGAUUCCAGGAUACUGGGUAUCUUUCCUUUUUAUUGACUCCUGGGGCCGCAAGCCCAUUCAAUUAAUGGGCUUCUCCAUACUCACCGUCCUUUUCGUCAUUAUGGGUUUCGCUUAUGAUAAGUUGAACAGCUCUGCCCCGGGCAGGAGCGCUUUUGUCUUCCUGUACUGCCUCACCAACUUCUUCCAAAACUUCGGUCCUAACACGACCACUUUCGUCAUUCCUGGAGAGGCUUUCCCCACUCGUUACCGUUCAACUGCACACGGUAUCUCUGCCGCAUCUGGCAAGCUUGGAGCUGUCAUAGCCCAGGUUGGAUUUGCUCGGCUGGUUAACAUCGGUGGCACGAACAAAUUCGUGAAACAUAUUAUGGAGAUUUUCGCUCUCUUUAUGCUUACUGGUAUUUUCUCUACACUUCUCAUCCCCGAAACAAAGCAAAGAACGCUUGAAGAUAUCUCGAACGAGGAGCAGGAAGGCUACAUCCGCGGCGUUCCCGGAUCUUAGGCACGUACUACUUGUGCACAGGGCACUGAAACCAUUUUCUUGCGCACAUUGCCUUUCACUAUUUAUCAAUAUUAUCUAUGUUUGUAUGAUAUUGGUACAAGCUGCUCGUGUCAAUAGCCAAUCAACUGUGCAUGUAAUGAAAAGUAGCCGUAUAAUGUUAGUCUGCGAGCUCGCCUUCCCGAGG